UAUUUCGCUUCUGUUUUUCUCCGGCUUCAAAAAAAGUAAGAUAUACAUAUAUAUAUAUAUAUGUUAUGUGCACUAAAAGAGCAAAGAUAAGAUGCGUGGGUGUAUGAACCUAGUGUAUUCAAGUCUUUGAGUAGUCUUCACCUUCAGUGAUCUCUCUGUAUUUCUGAGUCUCGGCAAGUAGAGCUACAGCUAGAUAUUUCAAAAACAAGUUAAAAAUGGGAUAUGAUAAUCUUCUUCAUCUCUUCCUCGUCCCCUUCCCUGCGCAAGGUCAUGUCAACCCACUUCUCAGGCUCGGCAAGCGCCUUGCCUCCAAGGGCUUCCUCGUCACCUUCACCGCGCCCGACAUCGUCGGCAAUAAGAUGCGAACUGCGAACAUUAAUAUCUCCGCCGACUUAACGCCGAUCGGUGACGGCUUCAUCAGGUUCGAGUUCUUUCACGACGGAUGGAACGACGACGAUCCCCGGCGAUAUGACCUCAACCAGUAUAUGCAGCAGCUGGAGCUUGUCGGCAGACAAGUCAUCCCUCUCAUGAUCAAAACUAACGCUGAACAAAAACGCACCGUUUCGUGUAUAAUCAGCAACCCUUUCAUCCCAUGGGUUUGUGACGUCGCCGAGAGUCUCGCUCUCCCCUCUGCGCUUCUCUGGGUCCAAUCCUGCGCUUGCUUUGCUGCGUAUUACCAUUAUUAUCACGAUCUGAUUCCAUUUCCAACCGAGGCCGAUCCUGAAAUCGACGUUCAGUUGCCUUGCAUGCCAUUGUUGAAAUACCAUGAAGUUCCUACCUUCAUGCAUCAUUCAACCGUUUACCCUUUCUUGACAAGAAUGAUUAUUGAUCAGUUCGAGAAUCUUGACAAACCCUUUGGCAUAUUUAUGGAAACUUUCCAAGAACUUGAGCUCGAGGUCAUCGAUUACAUGUCCAAGAUUUUCCCUAUCAGGACAAUAGGCCCUUUGUUCAAGAACCAAAACGAAAACGUUACCGGAGACUUGCUGACGCCAGAUGAUUGCCUCGAGUGGCUCGACUCGAAACCGCCGUCCUCCGUCGUCUACAUCUCGUUUGGCAGCAUAGUAAAAUUGGUGCAAGAGCAAGUUAACGAGAUCGCUCACGGUCUGCUAAACUCCUGCUUGUUCUUCUUGUGGGUGAUGAGGCCGCCGCCAAGGAGAAUCUCCGGCGACGAACCCGUUGUUCUUCCAGAUGGGUUCUUGGAGAAAGUUGGAGAGAAGGGAAAGAUUGUGAAGUGGAGUCCGCAGGAGAAAGUUCUGGCUCACCCUUCCAUUUCAUGCUUUCUUACCCACUGCGGCUGGAACUCGUCCAUGGAGUCCUUAUCUUCCGGCGUGCCGAUUGUAGCGUUCCCGCAAUGGGGUGACCAGGUGACCAACGCGAAGUACUUGGAGGAGGUAUUCAAGAUAGGGAUCAGGGUGAGCAGAGGAGAGAACAAUGGCGAUUGGAUCAAGAGGAUUGUUUCAAGGGAGGAGAUUGAGAAGUGUUUGAUUCAGGCUACGUCGGGUCCAGCGGCGGUGGAGUUGAAGAACAAUGCUUUGAAGUGGAAGAAAGAGGCGGAGGCUGCGGUGGCCGACGGCGGCUCCUCCCAUAAAAACAUACAGGCCUUCGUUGAUGAGUUGAAGAGGAGGUGCGUGGGGGUGGCCAGUAUCCCUGCCACUAGCAGAGAUGAAUCAGCAGCAACAAAGGCAACCGUGGUGGGGGAGGAGUUGGUCAACGAGUCAACAGGAAUUUAAUUUACACGUGUCGUGUUCUGAUUGGAUGUUGGAGAGUAAGUUCAAGUUUAAGUUGCGGUGCAUGCGUUUAAUACUUCAUUAAAAACCACCCCCCAAAUUACAGUGAAGUUCAAGCUGAAUGAAUAACUGUUAUUUUACAUGGCUUAAUCAAAGUGUAAAUUUAAAUGAUAUUAUGGAACUGAAACUGCUAUUGUUUAGGUUUAACAAAAUUCUCAUUUUAGCUUAUAUGAAUAAACCAUAUUCACGAAA